CCAGCCCCUGCACAGGUUUCCAUCUCCCAGCAGAAGGCGCAGCCAUGAAUCCGUUAUUCGGCCCCAACCUCUUCCUCCUACAGCAGGAGCAGCAGGGCCUGGCUGGGCCCCUGGGGGAUCCCCUUGGAAGUGACCACUUCACCGGGGGAGGGGACUUGCCCACAGCGCCGCUUGCCCCCGCUGGCCCCUCAGCCUACUCGCCGCCGGGCCCUGGCCCGGGCCCGUCACCCCCUGCCGCCAUGGCACUCCGCAACGACCUGGGCUCUAACAUCAACGUGCUCAAGACCCUGAACCUCCGGUUCCGAUGUUUCCUGGCCAAGGUGCACGAGCUGGAGCGCCGGAACCGGCUGCUGGAGAAGCAGCUGCAGCAGGCGUUGGAGGAGGGUAAGCAGGGCCGUCGGGGCCUGGCUCGCCGCGACCAGGCCGUGCAAACUGGCUUCAUCAGUCCCAUCCGGCCCCUGGGUCUGCCCCUGGGCGCCCGGCCGGCCGCGGUCUGCCCCCCGUCGGCGCGAGUGCUGGGCUCGCCCGCGCGCUCACCAGCCGGUCCCCUCGCGCCCUCCUCGGCCUGCCACUCGUCGCCCUCCACCUCCACCUCCACUGCCUUCUCCUCGUCGGCCCGCUUCAUGCCCGGCACAAUCUGGUCCUUCUCGCACGCCCGCCGGCUGGGGCCAGGACUGGAGCCCACGCUGGUGCAAGGGCCUGGCCUGUCGUGGGUGCACCCUGAUGGGGUGGGCGUCCAGAUCGACACCAUCACCCCGGAGAUCCGCGCACUCUACAACGUGUUGGCCAAAGUGAAGCGGGAGCGGGAUGAGUACAAGAGGAGGUGGGAAGAGGAAUACACAGUGCGGAUACAGCUGCAGGAACGAGUUUCUGAGCUCCAGGAGGAAGCCCAAGAGGCUGAUGCCUGCCAAGAGGAGCUAGCCAUGAAGGUGGAACAGUUGAAAGCUGAGUUGGUCGUUUUCAAGGGGCUCAUGAGUAAUAACCUGUCAGAGCUGGACACCAAAAUCCAGGAAAAGGCCAUGAAGGUAGAUAUGGACAUCUGCCGCCGCAUUGACAUCACCGCCAAACUGUGUGAUGUGGCUCAGCAGCGCAACUGUGAGGACAUGAUUCAGAUGUUCCAGAAGAAGCUGUCUCUGCACUUGUCUCCCAUUAAGGUCCCAUCCAUGGGGGGGCGGAAGCGGGAGCGCAAGGCUGCUGUCGAGGAGGACACCUCCCUGUUGGAGAGUGAUGGGCCCCGCCAGCCCGAUGGGGAUGAGGAGGAAAGCACAGCCCUCAGCAUCAACGAGGAGAUGCAGCGCAUGCUCAACCAGCUGAGGGAGUAUGAUUUUGAGGACGACUGUGACAGCCUGACUUGGGAGGAGACUGAGGAGACCCUGCUGCUGUGGGAGGAUUUCUCAGGCUAUGCCAUGGCAGCCGCAGAGGCCCAGGGAGAGCAGCAGGAAGACAGCCUGGAGAAGGUGAUUAAAGAUACUGAGUCCUUGUUUAAAACCCGGGAAAAAGAAUAUCAGGAAACCAUUGACCAGAUAGAGCUGGAAUUGGCGACAGCGAAGAACGACAUGAACCGACACCUGCAUGAGUACAUGGAGAUGUGCAGCAUGAAGCGGGGCCUGGAUGUGCAGAUGGAGACCUGCCGCCGGCUCAUCACCCAGUCUGGAGACCGAAAGUCUCCUGCUUUCACUGCGGUCCCGCUUAGCGACCCGCCGCCACCGCCGAGCGAGACUGAGGACUCCGAUCGCGAUAUCUCAUCUGAUAGCUCCAUGAGAUAGGGACCACCUCCAUCUUGGCUCCCCUGUGCCCCAUCCUGCCAGAAGCUCAACGAGACCCAAAGCUGGGGGUUCAUGGAGGGGAAAACCAUUUGUACUACCACACCAAACCUGGCCCUGGGGCCUGUGUUGCUCCUCUCUCGGGCUUCCUCCCUUGGUUCUUGGCCUCCCUAGAGUUCUGGGAUGUCGGCGGCUAGGCUUGGCCCUGCCCUUCCUGGGCAGCUCCCACUGCAAAUGGGGCUCUCCUGCCUUCAUGCGUGGUGUCUGCUACUUCCCCAUCUUUAAAAGGCCAAGAGUGCUCAUGGCCUUUCACCUUUUCUAUUGUGUAAGGAAUGUGAAUGUGGGACCUCCAACUCUGGGAUCUAGAGCCCACUAUCUUUGAUUUUGUACUGGUGCUAACUGGCCCAGGCACUGGUAUGAAGUGGAUUCAGCUAGAAGUUCCCUAAAGGAUUGUGCAGCACAUGCAAUUGGACAGGACUUCCCUUCCUGGUAUGGAUAGAGGGAGGUGAUACUGGAUAGGUACUGUCCUGCUGUCCAUGUUCUCAUGGCUGUCCACCUGCCAACUGUAGUGUAUGUGACUGUAACCUUCCCUCACAGAGGGAGGCACCGUGCAUUAAAGGGGCCUUUAUGCCCUGGACUGGGUGAAUUACCCUGAAGGAAGAUAGCUCUUAUCUCCUGGUCUCUGCUGAGUGACAGGAAAAAAAAAAAAA